UUCAAACGUUACGCUGAUUCUUCGAAGGUCAUAUCAAUCAAAUUUCAGGGUACGAUACCGACGAACUUUCGUCGUCAGCCCUAUAUAAAGCGAACUCGCUAUUCUCCGUACGCAUCUGGAUUCAUACUUCCAUACGCUACGAAACAUAAAAACGAUGAGCCUGGGUUCAUUGAAAUCUAUCAGGAUGAUCGACCAUCGUCUCUAGCCACCACUUUCAAUGGACAUGUCUAUCCAGUGGAAGAGUUACCAGAAGGGCAGCAAAUUGAAGAGCCUCCUGUUGGACAAAGUAACAUGCAGGCCAAUUUGCUGCGUCCGAAUUCGAUGUCAGCAAAGGCAGAAGCAAGAAACUCGUCGCAUCAAAUGCAGGCCGAAGCCAAACGG